AUGAGAAAGAAGAACCCAUAUGGAGAAGUAUACGCUUUAGGUCAAUAUAUAUCUAUGUCUGCUCACAAAGCACGAAGAGUUAUUGAUCAGAUUCGUGGACGUUCCUACGAGGAAACACUUAUGAUACUAGAACUUAUGCCUUAUCGAGCGUCUUAUCCCAUUUUUAAAUUGGUUUAUUCUGCAGCAGCAAACGCUAGUCACAAUAUGGGUUUCAAUCAAGCAAGUUUAGUUAUUAGUAAAGCAGAAGUCAACGAGGGUACUACUUUUAAAAAAUUAAAACCUCGAGCUCGAGGACGGAGUUAUCCAAUAAGAAGACCCACUUGCCAUAUAAGAAUUGUAUUACAAGAUACAUCUUUAUAUGAAUAUGAAGAAGAGAUCUUCUGCUUAAAAAAAGCUGAAUGGAAAAAUAAAUACAACGAUAUGACAUAUCAUGAUAUGUAUAAUAGUGGGGGAUUAUGGGACAAAAAAUAA